AUGAAGACCUUCUAUAUACUAUUUUUAGGAUAUCUAUUUGUGACACAAUGUAAUUCAGCGUUACCAAAACUUCUCGGAUCAUUUGCUAUACAGCAUCCCGGAUUUACUGCAGUUUUUGUCAACACAACCCGAAGUUCGGUGUCAUACAAUCUACUUUUAUCCUCAUUCAAUGGUAUACCUUUCUCACAAGAUGGAGUAUACAUGGUGAGGGAUAUCGGCACGCAUUUGUCGAAAAUCUCGUCAAUUCAACCCGAGCUCCUCACUACUAAGGUUACAUGGCCAAAUGAAGUCGCUCAAGUCCCAGAUUCCGUUUUUGGUAAACAGAUGAUAUCUAUUGCUGACGGAUUUCUGGUACCAUUUAAAACCAAGGGUGCUGUUAAAUUGAUGGAUGUGUCAUCUUCGCCUGCCAAAGGUCCUUAUGUAAUUUCUGAUAAUGGUGGAGAUGAAUGGUUUUAUCAUAAGGUACAAUGGGUGGACAUGGACAAGGAUGGUGAUUUGGAUAUCUUAACUUGCAGAGCUAAGAAACCUAUAAUAGGAAAAUCAGAAGGUCAAUUAUUAUGGUUGGAGAACCCGGCUGACCACAGCAUUCAAAACGUAUGGAAAACUCACGUCCUCGCUAUUGGUCCAGACGUUUUCUUCAAUUAUGUAGAAUUAGACAAUACAGAUUUUAUUUUCACUUCUGGGUACUUUUCUAAAGUUUUGAGUGUUUAUUAUUUAUCAUCCGGUAAUAAAUGGACAGAUAGCUCUCUGGUACAAUCCCGUGCUAUUGAUAGUACUAUUGGGGAAGUAUUUGGUGUGACUGCUGUUGACAUCAACCAAGAUGGUCGACCAGAACUAUUGGUAACAUCUAAUAAUGAGAAAGGAACAAGUGGAACUGUACAUAUUUAUAAUGUACCAUCUGACGUGAGAAACGGUAACUAUGCUCGAUACACUCUCUCGUCAUACUUUACUCCCAGAAAACAGGGACAAGGUAAAGGAGCACCAGGAGCCGCAGCUGCAGUACCAUCAUCUAAUAAAAAUAAAUCAUUGGAUAUUCUGUUGUCUGGUGAUGACGAUGGCAGAGCUUAUCUUCUAUCAUCUACGUCCACAGACCCCAAUAACUGGUCUUAUAACACCACAGUAUUCGCUGAUCUUGGCUCUGGUACAGUAGGACAAUUGGCCUUCCACGAUGUUGACGGUGAUGGUGAUUAUGAAAUAUUCGUACCGGCAUAUAGCGCUGGAAAAAUGAACGUUUAUACUUGGCAUAAUUAA